UUAAUGAGUUAAAAACAAUUGGAAAAGGAUUUCCUGUGAAAGGAAAAACAUUUUUCAUCACUUUAUCUUCAGUUGUUUGCGAUGCACCUGCUAGAGCCUUUAUUAAGGGCAUAAAAUCACACACUGGAUAUCACAGUUGUGAUAAGUGUGUACAAAAAGGAGUAUAUGUAAACCACCGUAUGACAUUUCCAGAAACCACUGCAAGUCUUCGAACAGGUGAAUCAUUUAAAACAUUAGAUGAUGAUGCACACCAUGUAGAAUCUUCACCUCUCUCAGAAAUCAUAGAUAUGAUUAAGGGAUUCCCGCAUGAUUACAUGCACCUUGUAUGCUUAGGAGUAAUGAGACGUCUCUUGGAUUUGUGGAUAGGAAGCAAUGGCCCACUACAGUGCCGUGUUUCAGCCAGUCAAGUGUCGUUAAUUUCUGAUAGGAAUGAAACCACGUAACACUACCAACUUAACGAGUUUGCAAGGAAGCCCCGUUCACUUUUUGAAAGACUACGGUGGAAAGCAACUGAGUUGAGACAAUUCUUAUUGUACACGGGUCCAGUUGUUUUGAGAGAGAUAUUUCACUCUGAGGUGUAUCAAAAUUUCAUGCUGCUCUCUGUGGGUAUAUACAUUUUAGCAAGUCCUGAGUACUGUUCAACUAUGAAUGAUUUUGCUAACUCUUUGCUAGUGGCAUUUGUCAAGCAUUUUAGUGAGUUAUAUGGUCCUGAGUUUGUCAGCUAUAAUGUACAUGGGCUAACUCAUUUAAGUCAAGAUGUUAAAGUCCAUGGUAGUUUGGAUGUUAUAUCAGGUUUUCCAUUUGAAAAUUAUCUAAGAAAGCUAAAGAAAAUGGUUAGACGACCUCACUGUCCUUUAACACAGGUUAUACGUAGGAUUUCAGAGCUUGACUUCUUGCAUUUAAAUUCUGAUUUUAGCAUACACCCUCAAAAGAGGUUUAAAAUGCAACAUUCAGAUGGUCCAGUUCCAUUACACUUUGAGGUAGUACUCCAGUUUAAAGAGGUGGAGUUUAAUGGAUUUGUCAUCAAAGUUUCUACAGGGGAUUCCUGUAUUAAAAUUGAUAAUAAAAUUGUCAUAGUUCAAAAUAUAAUUGUGCAUGAAGACAGGGAAUAUGUUGUCUGUCAGGAAUACCAACACAAGGCCAUAUUUUUUGAAUAUCCAAUUGAUUCUUCAUACCUGGGGAUUUUUGUUGUGUCCAAGCUUUCCUCAAAUCUUCAGUGUUUACCUAUUGGUUCUGGCAUGCUGAAAUAUGUCCGUUUGCCACUAGAUGACAAAUAUCUUGUAAUCCCCCUACUUCAUAUACAGUAAAUACAGAUUAAUUGGUACAGUAUUUUUUUUUGUUUGUUUCUUCCUUCCUGUUGUGUUACAGAGUUCAUAAGUGCUUUUUCUAAUUAGUUUUUUAAACUCUCAUCACCCCACCACUUGCAUUCUUUAUAUUCUGGACUGAUUUAUGGUGGUGUGUGAAGUUGCUAGGUAAGCAAAUUUGAUUAUUUCAACUGUACAAAUGAAAUCAUGUUUAACUAAUAUAAUUUACUGUAUACAGUAUAUUAAUCAUAUGUAUUAUUAUUGUUACUUAUAUUUGAUUAGUAAUUGUAAGCAUGCAUGCAUGUUGUAAGUGCAUUUAUCAAGGACUUUUAUAAAUGUUUUAAAAAAAUCUUUGUUUUUAGUAAUUUUUGUAGGCUAUGUAUCACAUUGUGAAUUUUUCGGAAUGCAAUGAAGUUGAGUUGGUGCCAUCCAAUUGGGUAUCCAAUGGAGUGUGUGCUUGGCCACCAUAUAAAACUGGAGAUAUCCAUAAGGCUAUAAUAAAUAAAGAGCAGCCAAAAGAAAACUGAAAAUCAUUUAAGGUUGAAGUUAUGUACACGACAGAUAAUUACAGAACUGCAAGACUGAAGCUUCCAGUUGCCGAAAGACACUCAGAUUUGCAGACAGCAGAAGAUGAAGAAGAUGAUGAAAUUCCAAAAAGGACAAAAAGAAGGAAAAUAGCAAACACAAGAUUUGAUAGUGAUAGCUACGGUGAUGUCUGUAGCAAACCCAAAAGCCAUCUACCUCCACCACCCAAGAUAACCCCUCCUCAAAAAUUUUCAAAAUCAACCACCAAGAUAUCUGCUGACCUUGGAGAACUUGGACGAAAUGCAAAAUCAAUGUGCAGGAUGCAUCAACCUGACAGUGUUCAGCUACAUUCUGAAUGUAGGUACACUGAAUGUGGAAGAUGCACUCAAGAAAUGAAAAGCCUGAGAAAUGAUUACAAAAAUCAAAGUACAUCUACAGUGGAAGAGCACCUAACCCCAGAGUGUGUGGAAAUUGCAAAUACUGCAUUUAGACACUGGUCUACCUCACAACAAAAUGAUGGACCAAAUCAAGACAUUUAUGGCCCCAUUCUUCGAAACAUUCAGGUUAAGCAGGAAAUGAUGAUGGAGCAAGUCAAAGUGAUUUUAAAAACCGUACAAGACCUACAUGAGAAAUGCUGUAGUGACAGUGGUUCAGAUCCAGUGCUGGAAAAAGACAUUCUUCCACUUCAAGAUCUCACAUCCAUGCAACAGCUUGAAAGUGACCUAGCGGUUGGUGGAGAUUUAAAAAAAAAACUAAUUACAUUGCUUGGGAUUCAAGGAGGCAUUGAUGUGAGAGACACGGUGUGGAGAAUCAUGAGGCAAACUUUCACCAAUUCAUUGGCCAAACAACUUAACUGGAGGGGAAUAAAUGGAAAAACAUGUUUUCAUAGCCUUCACAUUAAGGAUAUUGUGAUUGAUGCAGUACGAAGAAACUCUGUAACAUCAAGAGCCACAACUCAGGAAAUAGAAAUGUGGAUUAAGAGACGGCUUCAUCUGGCUGCAGAUAGGGAUGGAGGGAGACGAGCAAGAAUGGAGCGUCAGAGAAAGAACAGCUAUCAAGAAUCAGGUGAGCACUAUCAACCCUCAAACACGUCUAGUAAGAAGUUAAUUAGGAAAUUGUAUAAUUUCAAGUAACUGAUCAACUGUUGAUUUCUUGGCUGCAGGUGAAAUGCAUGUUCUUUCAAGUCAUCAUUAAGACCAGCCUUCUAAACCUUUGCUGAGGACAAGCUGGACAAAUGUGA